AUGUCGACAGAUCCGUACCCGGACCGCCCCCUUACCACCGUUGGUUUAGGGGGACGGGGAGCUCACUUGGUCGUUCCCUCGAUGAUUGCACCCAUUUUAGCCUUCGUUCUUGUAGCGAACCGGAUCUAUUGGCGUAUGAGGAUGCUGGGCAAACUCGGCCUCGACGAUGCAUCAACCAUUCUGGCUUUGAUAUUCCUUGUGAUCCAAUGUGGUGCUUCGAUUGCCGCAGUGAACUAUGGAUAUGGCCGGCCCUUCGAGCUCCUCAGUAGAAGCCAAGCCGCGCAAGCCCUGACGUGUUUCUUUCUCCUCCAAAUAUUCUACAAGCUCACCGUCAACUGCACCAAGCUGUCGAUGCUCUUCCUAUAUCUCCGCAUUUUCACCGAUCGCCCUUGGUUUGUCCGAACUUGUUGGAGCUUGAUCACCUUUGUGCUUUGUGCUUGCAUUAGUUUCACUCUCGCAACAAUUCUUCAGUGCAGUCCGAUUCCACGAGCAUGGGAGCGCUGGAGGAUCGACGGUAGCUGUGUCGACAUCUAUGCCUUGUGGUAUAGCAACGCCGUGUACAACAUUUUGACAGAUUUCCUCCUUGUUUUAAUGGUGCCGCCCGUGAUAUUCAAACUCAAGUUGCCGAUGCGGCAGAAAUUGGCUCUGACCUGUAUAUUCGGGUUGGGCGUGAUUGUCUGCGUGGCAUCGAUUUCAAGGUUGACAACGUUGUACUCUUCGGCCUAUGGCGACGAUAUCACGGCUGGUUCUCUUGUAUCAACAAUUUGGACGACGAUCGAGGCCGGCCUUGGUGUUACUUGUGCCAAUCUUCCCAUGGAUCAGUUCAUUCAACAGCUUCAGCACCCUUUUACCACACUACCGGAGGCUUUUGAGACGCAUCUCGAAAUGUCGUUCGUCAUCCGCCGAGCCGUGUCAACCCUGGUUCCUCCGAAGGUUGCCAACCCAGAGGGUAUCGGAGCUGCCAAAAAUGCCGUACGGAUGGCGAGAAUAGCCAAAUUCUACGAAAAGCUACCGAAAGGAUCUGCACCGCAACGAGCACCGAGCGGACCGCUAGGCUGGUAUCAAGCAAAAUAUUUUGGAAAGAAUCCGUCAGCAGCUCCUAUCUGGCACGUCAUUUUCGGAAUCAUGGCAAUGGGUUACAGCAUGGAGUACUAUUUCCAUCUGAGACACCACAAAAACAACGCCCACUGA